AUGAUUAUCCAUGUUGCUGCUCCAACCAUUGAUGCUGAAGAGAAGAUGGGUGCAGAAUCCGUUCAGGUGCCGGAUCCUGGCUGUGAUGUGGUGUAUCCUGUCAGGGUGGAUGAGAGAGGCUCCUUCCUUUCCUACAACCUGUCCCACCGGCUACUGUCCAAAAGGGCUGUUUCCUCACGGACUCGUCCAGGGGCAUUUUAUGCCCUCUUCCACAGAGGGCAGCAGCUACGAUUCAACCUGAGCCUCAACCCUCACCUCCUGGCUCCCGGCUUUGUUAGUGAGAAACGGUAUGGAGGCAUCUCUCGGGCCAAGAUUCAAGCGUCCAACCGGAACUCGUGCCAUAUGAUAGGGUCCGUCCAGAACCAGGCGAGAGAAAGUGGGCUAGCAGCCCUCAGCACGUGCGAUGGGCUGAAAGGCGUCUUUCAUCUGGCUGGCCAAGAUUACUUGAUUGAACCACUGGCUCCCAGCAAUCUGAGGGAGAGUGCAGCCCAACCACACAGGAUAUCUCGACGCCACGUUCAGGAGCAUGAAACUGAAGAGUUUAUUCCAGUCCUGAGCACGAAAGGAGACAGGAAGCAGCCAGCUUCUGUCAGGAUGUGUGGAGUGCAAGAAAAUCCUAAGAACUCAGAGAAGUGGAGGGAAAAGUGGGAGGAAAAGCAGCAGAAGAAACGGCGGAUCAAACCACGCUCUGUCAGUAAGGAGAAAUGGGUGGAGACCCUGGUUGUGGCUGACACCAAGAUGGUGGAGUACCAUGGCAGUGAGCAUGUUGAGAAGUAUGUCUUGACAGUCAUGAACAUGGUGGCUGGUUUAUUCCAUGAUGCCAGUAUUGGGAACCCGGUCCACAUCUCUAUUGUGCGCCUUGUCUUUCUGGAAGAUGAGGAGGAGGAUCUGAAAAUUGGCCACCAUGCCGACAACACCUUGAGAAGUUUUUGCAAAUGGCAGAAAGCAAUCAACCCCAAGGGAGAUGCUCACCCACUGCACCACGACGUUGCGAUUCUGCUCACCAGGAAGGACCUCUGCACCGCUAUGAACCGCCCAUGUGAGACAUUGGGCCUGGCCCACGUCUCUGGCAUGUGCCAGCCACACCGGAGCUGCAACGUGAAUGAGGACACGGGUCUUCCCCUGGCCUUCACCGUGGCCCAUGAACUGGGACACAGUUUUGGGAUUCAGCACGACGGAAGCGGCAAUGACUGUGAGCCAGUUGGGAAAAGACCUUUCAUCAUGUCUCCACAGCUCCUGUACGACACGUCGCCGCUCACCUGGUCUCGCUGCAGCAGGGAAUAUAUCACUCGCUUCCUGGACCGGGGCUGGGGGCUUUGUCUGGAUGAUCCCCCGGCCAAGGAUGUGAUCGACUUCCCGUCUGUUCCACCGGGAGUCCUCUACGAUGUCAGCCACCAGUGCCGACUCCAGUAUGGCGCCUACUCUACCUACUGCGAUGACAUGGAUAGCGUCUGCAACACACUCUGGUGCUCCGUGGGGAACACGUGUCAUUCCAAGCUGGAUGCGGCAGUCGAUGGCACCAGGUGUGAUGAGGAAAAGUGGUGCUUUAACGGAGAGUGCGUGAGUGUUGGGUACCGCCCGGAGUCUGUCCAUGGAGGCUGGGCAGCCUGGAGCUCUUGGACAGCGUGUUCCCGGACCUGCGGGGCUGGAGUGCAGAAUGCAGAGCGGCAGUGCAACAACCCUGCCCCCAAGUAUGGUGGGAAAUACUGCCUGGGAGAACGGAAACGCUUCAGAGUCUGUAACACACAGCCGUGUCCAGCAGACAAGCCAUCUUUUCGGCAGGUCCAAUGCAGCCGUUUCGACCUCCAGCCCUACAAAGGAAAGCUUUACAAAUGGACUCCAGUGCCCAAUAACAGUAACCCAUGUGAACUGCACUGUCGGCCCAACAGUGAGUACUUUGCCGAAAAGCUCCGUGACGCUGCCAUCGAUGGCACGCCGUGCUACGAAGGGAACGGCAGGCGGGACAGGUGCAUCAACGGGAUCUGUAAGAACAUCGGUUGUGACUAUGAAAUUGACUCCUAUGCUGAGGAGGAUCGGUGCGGUGUGUGCCAUGGGGAUGGAUCAACCUGUCGGACAGUCAAGAAGACCUUUGAGGAGAGUGAGGGGCUGGGUUAUGUUGAUGUUGGCCUGAUCCCGGCUGGAGCACGUGAGAUCCAGAUUGAGGAGGUAGCUGAAGCAGAGAAUUUCCUGGCCUUGAGAAGUGAAGACCCCAAGAAAUACUUCCUGAAUGGUGGCUGGACCAUCCAGUGGAAUGGUGACUACAAGGUGGCUGGGACCACCUUCACUUACAAGAGAAUGGGGAAUUGGGAAAACCUGACUUCUCCAGGGCCCACAGAGGAACCGGUCUGGAUUCAGCUCCUGUUCCAAGAGAAGAACCCGGGUGUCCGCUAUCAGUACACCGUCCAGCAGGAGUCCAAGAAUCAGAAUUCAGUUGCUCCAGCUGAGUUCUUCUGGCACUACGGACCCUGGACAAGAUGCACAGCUACGUGUGGGACAGGGGUCCAGAGGCAGAUGGUGCGCUGCCUUGAGAAAGCUGCUGGGUUUGUGGAGGAGCGGUACUGUGAUGCUCUUAGCCGGCCUGAUGACAAGCAGAGGAAUUGCAACGAGGAACCAUGUCCAGCCAGGUGGUGGGCGGGCGAAUGGCAGGCAUGUUCUGCCACUUGUGGUGACUCUGGACUGAUGAAAAGGACUGUCCUCUGUAUUCAGAGUGUGGCCCUGGAUGAACAGCAGGCUCUACAACCCCACAAGUGCCAACAUCUCACCAAGCCAGAGACCACAGCCCCAUGCAACCGAGAAGUCCUUUGCCUGGCACAGUGGGUCACAGGCAACUGGUCAAAGUGCUCAGUGACCUGUGGGAAAGGAACACAAAGGCGUCCAGUUUUCUGCCCCACUGAUACCAGAGCCAAGUGUGAUCCAGCAGAAAGACCAGUCUCCGAGAUCGACUGCGUGUUCUCACCCUGUUGGAAUAAGAUAGAGAACAGUAUUCCCGACUGGUCUGGAAGUGGCUCUUCAAGCCAGGAGCUAUUUAAUGAAAUUGGUUUUAUCCCCAGUUAUCAUGCCCCCAAAUUUAGUCCUUCGAUUCCCAAAUCUGCAAAUGUUAUUACAGAAGAAGUUCUCCCCCCCAACAACCAUAAAAAGGGAAAUGUGUUUGUGGAUGACUUUUACUAUGAUUAUAAUUUUAUCAAUUUUCAUGAGGAUCUGUCUUAUGACCUGGUUGAGGAAAAGAGCAGUAGAAGGGAGGACUUGAAGCCCAACUUUGGGGUCAAGACUCCUCACGUGACGGAGGGGGGUCCUCAAGAAAUGCUUCCUGAUUUUCCUCCAAUCACAGAGCCAGAAGUCAAGUUAGCUAAUCAAGGCACCACAUCUCCCACUGCUGGGCAAGAACAUGGGAAGGACCAUGAUAAUGUUCAGGAUAGUAGCACAAUUGGCACCUCGCAGGAUGCUGUUGGUACAGCAGUUGUCACCAGCUCUUCUGCUUCAGAUAAUAGGAAAGGCUUCCAGCCAUCGUUUUUGGAAGAUCAUCCAUCCACUUCAACAGUGAAGCAUCUUCCUUUUGGCAGCAACAAACCUGUAUUUGGAGAUACUACUCAAGAACCUCCUUUUACAAAUACUGUUUUGAAAGACAGCGCAGUAAGAUCUGAUUCCUCCACCAGCUCUCCUUACUUGGCUGUACUAACUCCAACAAUGUCUUCUGCCAAGGACAACUAUUGGAGAAGUGAAUUUGGUGCUCUUGGCAGCACAGAAAAUCCUGACAGAAGGAUGCAGGACCCCAAAUUUCCUGAACUCAGUGAUAGCCAUGAUAAUGAUUUGUGGAAAAUGGCAGAAGAAGGCAGCAGAAAGCAAAGUAAUAGAGACAGAGCCUUUGUUAAUGGUGAAGAUAAUAUGGCUACUGCUUACUCAAUUAAAGAAAACCAGGUAAAUGCAGUUACAACUGCAAGAAUAACUGGGGCACCCUAUCAUCUUACCCAUCAUCUGUCUGCUUCUGCUGAAGCUGCUUCUGCUGUUUCCGCUCGGGAUGCAGAGAUGAGUAGCACCUUGGGACGUGGCCAGGCCCAUAAAUCAAAUACACAAACCCAUCUCCAAAAAGUACCGUCACUCACAACUGAGCUUCCAUCAUGGGUGUCUUCCUUCACUUCUGCAUACCAGUUGUCUGGAUUCAGCAAAAAGACACAUACGUUCCAUCAUCCAGGCACUCUGACCCCACAGAUACCAGCUGAAUCCAACUCUUUGGAUCGGGGCUCAACUUUUCCCAACUUUUCCCCUUCUACAUUACUUCCUCCAAAACAGAAGCAAUCUAAUGAGAUUAAGACAGACUUGGACACUAAGCCUGUAUCUUCCACUGAGGACCGAGGAUUCUCCAGGGACAGAAGUGAAAGCCCAUCUCCCCAUGUGAUAACCAGUAGUAGUAAAGGAGGUACUGGGUCUAGCCUUGUGAACGUGAAAUUUCAGGAACUGGAAGAGAAGAUGCUAUCUUCUGUAGCUCCUCCUGCUGCUGUAAUGGCUACUCUCAGUGCUAGCUGGGAAGCUGGAAACUGGAGUGAGUGCUCUACAACCUGUGGCCUCGGGGCUGUGUGGAGGGUGGUGCACUGCAGCACCGGAAACGAGGAUGACUGUGACUCGACCAGAAAGCCAGCCCCUGCCCGGCGAUGUUAUCCGAGGCCGUGUUCCAAGUGGCGUGUUGGAAAAUGGAGCAAGUGCUCCAGGACCUGUGGAGGAGGCGUGAAAGUUCGGGGCAUCCACUGCAUUGACACCCGUGGCCAGCGACCUCUGCGACCCUUUCACUGCCAGACUGCCGUAUACAAGCCUCCAACACAACUGCCCUGCCACACUAAGCCGUGUCUGAGCUGGUACACGUCCGCCUGGAGAGAGUGCUCUGAGCUGUGCGGAGGAGGUGAGCAAGAGCGCCUGGUGACGUGCCCCGGAUUGGGGAGGUGUGACCCAGCCCUCCGGCCAAACAAUACCAGAGCUUGCAACACCCAGCCGUGCACCAAGUGGACAGUGGGAUCUUGGGGGCAGUGCACGGCCACGUGUGGCGAGGGCAUCCAGAGGAGGCAAGUGAAGUGCUUGAACACAAAAACCGGGGAGGCAGAAGAAGACAGCAGCUUAUGUGAGCACGAACAGUGGCCGGAGAACACCCAGAAAUGCAAUUCCCAGGACUGUCCUGCCAGUGAAGCAAGUAAGUGGGCAUCUAGGGUGGCGUGUUCUUGGCUGAAUCACCUGGAGCCUCUCAUUAGGGCAGUGCUUGGCGUUUGGCUAGUUGGACCAUUCUCCAAUUGGGUCUGGCCAUGCCCAUGAGGCACGCGGUGGCUUGGGA